CCCAUCUAUAAAUACCGCAAUAGAACGUCAGACUUUGUUCUCUCUUUUUUGUCUCUACUCCUCAUUUUUGUUUCCAUUUAUGCACACGAGAGAAUACAAAUAUUUCACACACACACACACACACACACACACAUAUAUAUAACCAUCCUUUUCCUUAUAUGUAAACGUGAAAAAUUUUGAGGAGUAGAGAAAGUCCGGCGCCGCCGCCGCCGUGUCUCGCCGGAGAAUAUUCUCCUCUCCGGUUUCAAAUCUGCAUGCGGAGGAGAAUGAGAGAUUCUGAUUGAUCACCUUUUAGGUAAAGGUGGCCUCAAGUUUCUGCCAAAGAGGUUCUAGAGAGAGAAAGAAAAGAAGGUGGUGAAGGAGGGGCUUAGGUAAAAGAGAAAAGAAGAAUAAAGGAUUUGUAUUAGUAGAAAAGAAGAAGAAGGGUAAAAAGAUGUUGACGUGUAUUACUUGCUCAAAGCAAACAACGGAAGAUGGCGGAGAGGAAGCCCCGCGUGGGACGCCCAGUACCAAAGACGCCGUCAAAAGCCUGACCGCGCAGAUUAAGGACAUGGCGUUGAAGGUGUCGGGGAAAGGGAAGCCCGGUGAGGCAGAAGCAAGUUACAAGAAAGGGCAGAGAUCGUAUCCCGACUUUGACACCAUUUCAGAUGCCUAUGCACAGCCAGGGAGCACUAGCUCUACUCCAGCUUGGGAUUUCACGAGCACAGGCCGUCGGCCUGAAUCAAGAUUUUCCUCGGCCCAAGUGGUGCUGGAAGAUGAAGAAGAGCCUAAAGAGUGGACGGCCCAAGUCGAGCCUGGUGUUCAAAUCACCUUCGUCUCUCUCCCUCGUGGAGGGAAUGACCUUAAACGAAUCCGUUUCAGCCGGGAGAUGUUCAACAAGUGGCAAGCUCAGAGAUGGUGGGGUGAGAAUUAUGAUAGGAUAAUGGAGCUGUACAAUGUGCAGAGAUUCAAUCAGCAGGCAAUGAACACUCCCGGGAGAUCAGAGGAUGGAAGAGACUCUAGUUACUCGAGGCUGGAAAGUCCAUCGCUCAACACUCCAACUCCAACUCCGAGGUAUAAAGAAAGCCUUCAAGGUGCGGGGUCAAGUACAGGCGCCCCCCAGAAGAUGUCGUCUGUGGACACGGCCUCCUCAAGAGACGUCUCGGUGAGCAAUGCCAGUGACAUUGAAUCGGAAUGGAUAGAGGAGGAUGAGCCCGGUGUAUACAUCACCAUCAGACAGCUUCUUGAUGGCACUAGAGAGCUUCGGCGUGUCAGAUUCAGCCGUGAAAAAUUUGGAGAGGUGCAUGCCAAGCAUUGGUGGGAAACUAACAGGGACAGGAUACAAACUCAGUAUCUUUGCUAGAACCAAGGUAAGGUGCAUCAGACUGAUAUUAUCUAACCAAAAAAGUUUCCAAGGGGAGGGGGGUGGGGUAUAGUUUGAGGCAGGGUGGGUUUUCUUUUCAUCAGAUUGCGUUGGUAGCUAGCUGUUUUUGCGCGGUCUAAUACGUUGUUUUUUUUUAGAAGUGUAUUAAGGCCAUUAUCCCUCUACAUUUAUUAUUAACUUCCUUAUCAUUAUUUUUUUCUCAAUGCAACCGAGUCGUAAAGUUGUACACUUCCUUUAAGAACAAUAUAAUGAAUGAGCGAAGAUCUAUUAUCAAA